AUGUGUGAAAUUGAGGACUGUGAAGAUUCAAAAAUUGAAAUCGCUGGAGUUAAUACUAAAUAAUUAGGAUUAUAAAAAUUAAGAAGUAGUAUAGGAAUUAUACCAUAAUUUCCAUUUUUAUUUACUGGAAGUCUUCGAUCAAAUUUAGAUCCAUUUGGUUAAUAUGAUGACUAAGCCAUUUGGGAAGCUUUGGAGGUUACUGGAUUAAUUGAAUAUGCAAGAUCAUUCUCUAAAGGUUUACUAACUGAUAUUUGUGAUGUUAAUUCACUCUUCUUUUUGGGAUAAAAAUAACUAAUUUGUUUGGCUAGAAUUCUAUUAUAAAAGAAGAAGAUCAUUGUUUUAGAUGAAGCAACUGCUAAUCUUGAUAUGAAGACUGAUGAUUUUAUCUAAAAUACUCUUAAGUAACAGCUUAAGGAUUGUACUCUUUUUACCAUAGCUCACAGAUUGAAUACAAUUGCUGAUUAUGAUAAAGUUAUGGUCAUUGAAAAUGGAAACGCAAUUGAAUUUGAUACGCCUUUCAAUCUUAUGGCAUAAUCACUUAAUUCGACAACUAUAGAUAGAAAAACUCAGUUUUCUUAUCUUGUUUUUAAUACUGGAGAAUCUAACUCUAGAGUUAUUUUUGAUAUUGCCAAAAAUAAAUUGAUUAACUCUAACAAAUGA